AUGGUGGGCCCCAUCCUGGAGAUGACGCUCGUGCCGGAGCUGGAGCUGCGCAAGUCCACCAUCCCCAUCUUCUUCGACAUGAUGCUCUGCGAGUACCAGCUCACCAAGGGCUUCAGCCGGGCUUUUCCAGGUUUCGGUUUGGUGGCGUUUGUCUCUUCUGAGCUGGAAGCCUUUCACCCCCCUGGGGGUCCCGCGGGAGGAGAGGGGCUGGCACCGUCCUCGGAGCCGCGGGCAACCCUGCUCAGCUGCUGCCGGAGACACCCCGAGCUGGCCAAGCCUGGGGAGAACUUCGUGGCGCUGGUGGCCGGGCUCCUGGAGCGGCUCCUCGACUACCGGGCUGUUAUGAACGACGAGAACAAAACCUACAGCAUGAGCUGCACCGUCAACCUCCUGGUGGGCCCCCACCCUGUGCUCCCCCAGCUCCCUGGGGCUUGCACGUCCCCGCCCGGCCAGGACAUCACCGGCUCCCCGGGCCAGUACAUCCAGUGUUUCACUGUGCAGCCGGUGGAGGAAGCCAAGGUGCGGUUCAAGGACCGGAGCAUCCCGGAGCAGAUCACCAAUUUCUAUAAAGCCAACCACGUCCAGAAGUUCAGCUACUCGCGGCCCUUCAAGAAAGGCCCGAAGGACCCAGACAAUGAAUUUGCAAACAUGUGGAUCGAGCGGACGACCUUCGAAACAGCUUACCCCCUGCCCGGCAUCCUGCGCUGGUUUGCAGUGACCUCCACCACCACGACCACCAUCUCUCCCCUGGAAAACGCCAUCGAGACCAUGAUGAAAACGAAUGAGAAAAUCAUGAGUGAGAUCAACCGGCACCAGAACGACCCCAGCCUGCCCAUCAACCCACUCUCCAUGCUGCUCAACGGCAUCGUGGACCCUGCGGUCAUGGGGGGCUUCGCCAAGUACGAGAUGGCCUUUUUCCAGGAGUCCUACCUGCAGGAGCACCCUGAGGAUGAGGGGAACAUCGAGAAGCUGAAGGACCUGAUCGCCUGGCAGACCCCGCUGCUGGCAGAGGGGAUCCGGAUCCACGGGCGGAAGGUGACGGAGGACCUGCGGCCCUUCCACGAGCGCAUGGAGCAGUGCUUCGUGCAGCUGCGGGCCAAGGUGGAGAGCCAGUACGGGGUACGGGAGAUGGUUGCCUUCGAGGACCGGCGGAGUGGACGACCCCGGUCCAUGGCCUGGGGACCUGACUGGGACCGGCUGAGCCAUAGGAGGAACCUGGACCCGUAA